CACGCGCAGACAGUUACGUCACACAUCGGGAAUGCAGUGAGGAGCUCCCGCUGCUGCUAAAGGCCUUCGGAUCCGUGACAAAAUGAGACCGAAGGAAAGCGCACUGUAACAAUACUGUAAAGCCUGCCAUGUCCGGUCCCACCUGGCUGCCACCGAGGACUCUGGAUAGUCCAGAGCGAGCCGUCCCUCAGAUGUCCCACUCUGCCAAUGCAGCAAUUUACAGAGCCCCUAACAAGAAGAGUACGUCCGACUUCAGGCCAAAAUAUGGUCCCUAUGACCAAAAUGGAGGAGGAGGAGGGAUGACCAACAGGUACAUGGCAACUGGGCCCACAGUUGGGCCUAUUCAUCAUUCAUCAAGCGACCACUAUUAUCCUCCUCCCCAUGGUCCCAAAGAGGAUCGCCACUGGAGUCCUCACAUGGACAGCUAUGACCUCAUGCAUCGGGGAUCUGAAAAGGCAACCAGCUAUCACUCAAAGAUCGAUGCAGAUAUUGACUCCCUCACCAAUAUGCUGGCUGAUCUGGACAACCACCCACAGGACUCCAGCACCCAACUCUAUGACAAUGUGCCUUACAACAAAUACAUCUCAGGGGAUCACUACAAGACUGCACACCAGAGCACAGCCCCUCCUCAGGGUCGGCCAUCCAUGGGCUACAACUCUCACCCCCAGAGCCAGUACCACCCUGCACCUCCCUACCCUAACGAGCACCAGACCCCUCAGUACUCCCAUCAGCAGGACUACUACUCCACCUCAAACCCUAAACCCUAUCCUCAGCCCGUCCCUGCCUCGUACACCACUGCCUCAACCCCCACCGGGCCCAGGUUUAGCGUGCAGGUCAAGACAGCACAGCCUGUCACCUACUCUCAGACAGGGAGGCAGGCUGAACAGGCUUACACUCCGCCCCCUCCUCGCCAGCACACUUCAAGACCACCACCCCAGACUCAAACAGGUCCGCAGGGCUGGUACCCCCCACAUCCCAGUUCACAAGCUCAGGAGAUGCACUCUGAGGGGGUGUACAAGUGCAGCGGCUCAGGGACUGGAGGAAGAGUUAACCAGGUUCAACUGUCCAAGAGAGGGAUGGAAAAUACUCAGACAGGGCCCGGAGCCGCACAGAGUCCUGCGUAUCAAUUAAACAAGCAGGGGGCAGCAAUGACGAGGCCUGAGGAAGAGCUGGAUCGGCUCACCAAGAAGUUGGUGUAUGAUAUGAACCACCCCCCUGCAGAGGAUUAUUUUGGUCGCUGUGCCCGCUGCGGUGACAACGUCGUUGGUGAUGGCAGCGGGUGCAUCGCCAUGGAGCAGGUCUUCCAUGUGGAGUGUUUCACGUGUAUCACCUGCCAUGCUCGUCUCCGAGGGCAACCGUUUUAUGCGUUGGACAAGAAGAGUUACUGUGAGAGCUGUUACAUUAGUACAUUAGAGCGUUGUUCAAAGUGCGCUAAGCCCAUUCUGGACCGCAUCCUGCGGGCCAUGGGAAAAGCCUACCACCCUCGCUGUUUCACAUGUGUGGUUUGUAACUGCUGCUUGGACGGGGUGCCCUUCACUGUGGAUGCCACAUCUCAGAUACACUGCAUAGAGGACUUUCAUCGGAAAUAUGCACCUCGCUGCUCAGUGUGUGGUGAACCCAUCAUGCCUGAACCAGGGCAGGAAGAGACCGUCAGGAUUGUAGCUCUAGACCGCAGCUUCCACGUCAACUGUUACGUUUGUGAGGAAUGUGGUCUCCUGCUGUCCUCCGAAGGCGAAGGUCGAGGCUGUUACCCUCUAGACGGCCACAUCUUGUGUAAGAGCUGCAGCGCUCGCCGCAUUCAGGACCUCUCAGCCAAAAUCUCCACCGACUGCUAACAAAUCUCCACUGGCUUCACAUUUUCUGACCUUUCACUUUCAGACAUCCAGUAGGUCGAUAGCAGAAAAUGUCCCUGAUUUAUUCACAAUUUCACCUUUUUUUUUUUUUCUCCUCUUUUGUGGCUCUGAACAUACUGCAAGGCUGGUACAGAUAAGAGUUACAACAGACAAACCACAUCACCAGGGGUUUUUCUUCAUUCACAAGUUCACAAUUCCUCACCUUUAUAGUUAUAGUUUUGGUAUAUAGGUAACCAUGUUGAGGUCAGCAUUAGCACGACGGUGGCCUGACCUGCAGGCAGCUUGGGCUCCACUCCAUCUAUCACAGCGGUACUGCUCCCAUCUCCCAGCUUGUACAUCAAAAUUAAAGUUAAGUUUUGUCUGGACAUAAACAUAAUAAUUAUACAUUUUUAUUUUUUUUUAACACUGUUAAUCAAAGAGCUGAACUGCCUCUCAACACUUUUAAAAGCACAGAAACAACAACAGACUGUGACUGUACAUAGCACACUGGUUUGGAAACUGCUCCCAGUUGUUUUGAAAAGCAUUUGGCUUUUAGAGCAGUGGAAUUUGCAGUGAAGUAGCCUCAUAGAACAAGAAAUGUAGACGAAAGGAAUGUGUAGUUAACAUGACAACCGAUCAUUUUUUUUCUCUUUUAGCUUUUAGCUUAGAACAAAAUUCGCUUUGACGGAUUUUUUUAUUACCACAUCGUGUCAUUUACUGUAGUUGAUUAGUGGAAGACCAUAACAGGAUUUUCCCCUUUGCUAAAUGUCUAUAAAACAAUCUUGCUUUUUUUUCUUUUUUUUUUUUUUAAAUAAUUGCUGUUUUGGUUGAAACUUGACUGUUACAUUAAUGACGGUGCAAUGAAGACAAACACUUCUGUCUAAAGGAAAACAGGGUGUGGGUCACUUUUGUAAAGCUUGAGCCUCAUGUGAAGAGUUUGCUCAUGUGCCAUGUAAAGAAAAAAGCCACCUAUUACUCACCUUAAACAAUUUCUUCUUCAAUAUUAUUGUGAUGCAAUUCAGCAUAAAGGGUUCUGGCUUUUGCAAACUGGAUAAUUUGUAAUGAAUGUUAAAUUAAAGCUGAUUUGUAUUUCCAUCAAAAUCUUAAUUUAGUUUUAGAUGCGAACUCUUCACUUGUGAAGUUGAUUUUGUUCGUCCUUGCACUCGUGUGGGCAGAGUUGUCAUACUCUGAGACUUUGGAGCAACAGUAUUUGUUAUUAUUGUGUUUAACGCCUGUUUUUCCGUCCGCAUUUUUGUACGUGUUACACUUAAAGGGCUAUGGAUUUGAAAGCUUUACCUCAAGGAUGUCAUUAAUGUCGUGAUGAUCUGGUUUAGAAACCGGAUCGACUGUGAAUUCAGCCUUUUUUUUGCUUUUGUUUUGUUUUGAUCAUGCUAAAACGGUUCAGAAUUUUCAUUUCUUGUUAAUUUAUCUCCUGAAUUUCCACUGUAUUUGUAUUAAUCUGCUCUUUAUCAUAAAGGUACGCAAUUCAUGAAUGCUCAGCUGUAUUUUAAAUUCUUAAACCAUGCCA